UGAAAUGCAAGCAGAGAACUGGGAGAGGAGUUGAUGAAUGUCAGGGUGGGCUUCUAGCAUUACUGAAGGUUAAACUGUGCCUGUAGCAUCCUCUGUGUCCCGUCUCAACCUGGCAGAGGGGAAAGCUUGCAUCACACAUCGCUGCUUGGGAGCCAGACAAGUGCCUGGUGUACAGGGAUGUGCGACCCCUGUGCAGCCCCAGUGAUGCUGGCUGCUCGUUGCUGCUCAGUGCUCCACCAAAACUCGCACCCAUGCACCCAGUGAUCUCUUGGAAACAUUUCUACCUUUGGGAGUAUUCUGUUCUAUCAGCAAAGAGAUUAAAAAAGCUUCAUCUUGCUUUCCACUUGCUCAGCUUGCGGGUCAGCCCCAAGCAUUGCUGGCUCAGCCCUGCAGCCUCUGUGCAGAGGCUUCCCUGUGUCAAAGGUGAGGAAGGGCUGUUCUCCUCCUCCCAAAUCUCCCCCUCUUCCCCUUCCGCCUCGACAUGCUCAUUCAUGAAAAAACAUCUGCUGGAUGGAUGAGGAGACAGAAAUUAACACUGGCACGUUUUUCCCACUCGUUGGCCAAGGGAGGUUGUAGGCUCAGAGGGUUUUAAUCUUUGUUUUCACAGCUGGAUUCAGUAUUGCCCUUUCUCCUCUCCAGUGUUUCAUUGCUACUCAUUCCCCCGAGCAACCUGCUGCAAAGCAAAGUGUGCACUCACAUUGCAGGACAGCUCACAGCCAGCUUCCCUGGGGCUGCCUGCACCUCAGGACCCAUGACCCUCACAGCCCCGUCUGCUCAUUAGGGAUUGUGCUGAGAUUUAUGCUCUCCCACUGAGGCUCCAGAAGGGCGAUGCUGCAGUGACGAAGGUUCCAUCCCACGAGGAUCCUCUGAGAGCAUCUGGCUGCAGCUCAACUCUCCCAGCUCCUUUCCACCUGGCUCCACGUGGGGUGAAGAGGUCCCAGCAGCAGGAAUCAGCUUGGUCCGUCCUUUGGUAGGGGCAAACGCGUGGGGUCUGCCUUAGUCCUGUGCAUGGAGCAAACCCUCAGCCUAUGGUGCCAACCGAGACAUCAUGGGUCUUUCCUCUGCUGCAGGAUUUGGUUAUAAGGUGGAGAGUGUACAGAAUGGGAUGUAGGCUUUGGUGGAGGUGGUGGAGGGUUUUUGUGAUGCUCGUGUAGGGUUCUGUGGUGCUUGUGUAGGGCUUGGUGAUGGUGAUGUAGGGUUUUGUGAUGCUUGUGUAGGGUUCACUAGUGCUUGUGUAGGGUUUGGUGGAGUUGAUACGCAGUUUGGUGGAGGUGGUGUAGGGCUUGGUGGUGGUGUAGGUGAAGGCUGGUGCUCCUGUAAGAUCUGAUGGUACUGGUGGUCCUGGCAGUGUUUUGGAUCCCUGGAUGCCCAGCACAUAACACAGGCAGCUGUGUCCUCAUGCACAUUGCAGUGGCUGAGGUGCCAUCAGCUCCUCAUUGGGUGCCCAAGGGCUCGGACCUCAGGCUCUGAAGUUCUUAAUGUCAAAGCUUCAGGCAUCAGCAUGGCCUGAUGCCAGAUGGGACUGGCUCCAUUCCCACCUGGACACCAGCCUGAAGGCACCUCUCCACCUCACCAUGUAUCUCCAGGCAGAGACACCCGUCCAACACCAUCCCACCCAUCCUGCGAGCUUUGGGGACGAAAACACACGUGUCCCGCCUUCUUGGCACUGGGGAUCCAGCUGUGGGGCUCAGUGCAGAAAGCCUCACACAGGGUGGGGGCCCACCUAUAUAAACAAGGCCAGGAAGGCUCCCAGCCAUUCCCACUCCUUGCUCCCCUUUGGAUCUGAGCAGCCAUCCUCCGCCGAUGCUCCCACCCCUGGCUCUGCUGGGCAAGGUUAUAACUGAGUAGCCCUUAUGACCAACAUGAGCUGGAGCUUUCUCACCCGCCUGCUAGAAGAGAUCCACAACCACUCCACCUUCGUGGGGAAGGUCUGGCUCACCGUGCUCAUCGUCUUCCGCAUCGUCCUGACGGCGGUCGGUGGAGAAUCCAUCUACUCUGAUGAGCAAAGCAAGUUCACUUGCAACACCAAGCAGCCCGGCUGCGACAACGUCUGUUACGAUGCCUUCGCCCCGCUGUCUCACGUUCGGUUUUGGGUCUUCCAGAUCAUCAUGAUAUCCACACCUUCAGUCAUGUACCUGGGCUACGCCAUCCACCGGAUCGCCCGGUCAGCGGAGGAGGAGAAGAAGUUCAAGGGCUUCAAGAAGAAGAAGCAGUUUGCUUUGAACUGGCAGGCGGUGCGCAACAUGGAGGACGCGAUGGAGGCGGAUGAAGAGGAGCCCAUGAUCUCCGACGACGCAGCAGAAAAUGAGAAAGCCAAAGCCAAGCCCAAGAGCAAAGAGCAGCAAAAGCACGAUGGGAGGAGGCGAAUCCAGCAGGAAGGACUGAUGAAAAUCUACGUCUUCCAGCUGCUUACCAGAGCUUCGUUUGAAGUUUGUUUUUUGAUAGGGCAGUAUUUGCUCUACGGUUUUGAGGUAGAAGCUUAUUUUGUCUGCAACAGACUGCCUUGUCCUCACACGGUGGACUGCUUUGUGUCCCGGCCAACUGAGAAGACAAUCUUUUUGCUGGUGAUGUACGUGGUGAGCUGCCUGUGCUUGCUGCUGAACAUGUGUGAGAUGUUCCAUCUGGGCUUCGGGACCAUCCGAGAUGCCAUCCGCAACCGGAAAAUCAACAGCUUCAGGCAGCCCCCCUACAACUACGCCUACCCCAAGAACAUCUCCUGCCCCCCCGAGUACAACCUGGUGGUGAAAUCGGAGAAGUCCACCAAGAUCCCCAACAGCCUGAUGGCUCACGAGCAGAACCUGGCUAACGUUGCGCAGGAGCAGCAGUGCACCAGCCCGGAUGAGAACAUCCCAGCGGACUUGUCCACCCUCCACAAACACCUGCGAGUGGCCCAGGAGCAGCUGGACAUAGCAUUUCAGAGCUAUGGCAGCAGCCAGGGCAACGCGCAGCCCUCCCGGACCAGCAGCCCUGCCUCGGGUGGCACGGUGGUAGAACAAAAUAGGGCCAACACGGCCCAGGAGAAGCAAAGCGCUAAGCCCAAGGCAUCCUUGGAGAAAGGCAGCUCCAGCAGUAAGGAUGGAAAGACGUCUGUGUGGAUAUAGCCUGUCUGCCAGCAGUGAGGGCAGCGUAAGUGGGGUUUUAUUUGGGGUUCUGUUUUGCAGUAUGUCUCGAGUUUAUUUCACAGGGCACAGAUACGUUUUUUCUGUGGAAGUCAAGAGAGAAAAGGAAUUUCAGACCAAUUUAGUACUGUCUUCCGGUGCAUUAACAAAAGACAUUUCCUUCCUCUUUCCAACACGUCCUCCAGCCGGGAACCUCCAGUGAGUGACAGCGACCGCUGCAUCCCGCCGAGGCUGGACAGCCUGCUGUGAUGGAAGCAGGGAGCAGCUCCCACACACAGUGCUGCAGUCAGACGGCCUUUAAUUACUAAAUAUCCUUCAUCAAAAUUAAUUUCCGAUCCCUUGAUUAGAAAGGAAAGUGACUGAUACGUCGACGAACUUUCACGGCACGCUCCCAGCUAACGUCUCACCGGAAUUUUUCAGUGCACAGCAGGCAGCACUGGAAGCGAAGGCAGCAGAGGUGCAUGCAUAGCACAGCACUGAUGGAUUUCAUCUUUCAUUCUGCGCUGAAACAAAAAGCAAACACGGCCAAACACUCCGCAGUGUGAGUUGGCAGUGACACUGCUGCUCGUACUGGUGCCUGCGUAGCGCUUGCUACAGAUGGAAUCACUGCAGUUACAGUGUUUUUAACAAACUGCUGCUUCACAUCAUCAGAAAGUGCCUUUUUGCAACCAGGAAAACAAAGUCAUAAAGGGUGUCGACUUCUUCACGUGCUAAAUUUGAGUAAAGAUGGGAAGAUCAGUGUUGGCAGGUUUGUUUUUCUGUUUAAUGGAACUGUUACACACAGUGGCAGACAGCAGACCUAUGCAUAGCGCGUAUACGAUGCGUGUGUGUGCACAUGUCAGCAUAUAUAUGGACACAUGAACAUGUGUGUGUGCAUAUAGAUACAUAGAUAUAUAUAUAUAUAAAUGUGAUAUCAACCCUCUGGUAA